AUGGCAACGGGUAAAGGUAAGAAGAAAGCUGGAACGAAGACAAAUGGAAAAAAUAAUGGAAAAGACACUAAAAGUGGUAAUGGCAACAAAAGUAAAGGAUCCAAGAAAUCGAGAAGAAGUGGUGGAAAAGCACGAUUUGCCAUGGAUAUCUUUAACGAGGAAGUGAUGGAAAACGCUUAUUACACAUGUCAUAACAUCAUGGAUGUGUUAAAAUGUCGAGGUUUUCCGUGGCCAGAAGCUCAGAAGAAAAAAGGAAAGAGGAAGAAAUAA